CUUGCAUCAACUCGUGUAGGUCUCUGACUUGACUUACAGCCCUGCAGAUGUUUCGAUUUGGUUACCACGAACUAAAUGUGCUGAUUUUGCAGUGACGUUUCCCCCGCGAUGACUACCGCUUCUGAGAUCUAGCAAGGGUUAUUCUCACUUCAAUUCGAGUCUCACACACUUGUCCACGCCCUUUGAGACCUCUCUAAGACUCCCACAAGGAUGGAUACCCCUCCACUUCAUGGAGAUUCUGCUGGUUCUGAAAAGAUACAAAAAGGCUAUAGAAUCCCAUCCAGAUCGAUUCUACAUUCCAACCAUCACCAAGUCUCUCGAGUAUCAAAGCAUCCCACAUCUUGAAUCUCUCAUUUGUUCAACUGCGAUCAAUCAUUGAACUCUCAUCUUUACUCCACAAUGGUAAUCAAAGCAAGCCUCCUCUUCCUCAUGCUAGCCGUCGGCCCGGCCACGGUUCUCUCAAUCCCUAUGCCAGAAGCCACGAAAACCCUCCAAACCCGUUUCUCCGGAUCUGGCUUAGACGCCGGCGUCGACGACGGCCCCUACCUAUCUUCCCAUUCUUCCGAAGAAGACGACGGUUCCACCUCCGACAACCUGAACGCCGGAAUCCCAGAUGGUCCCUACGUGAACCUCUACGAUACCUACACGCCCCCUCCCCCGGAGACAACGCAGUAUCCUCCCCCAGAGCCGACUUGGACUCCUGAGCCUAUUCCUGUUCCGUCUCCGGAGCCGACGACUGUUUCGCCGCCGCCGGAGCCGCCCGUUGUGCCCUUGCCUGAGCCUGAGGAGGAGCCGCAGCCUGAGCCGCAGCCUGAACCUGAACCAGAGCCCGAGGAGGAGGAGGAGGAGGAGGAGGAUAUUGGGGAGUGUCCUGCUCCUGAACCUGAAGAGGUGCCUGAGCCUGCGUCCGAGCCUGAGGAGCCCGAGCCGGAGUGCCCCUGUGACGAGCGUUUUAACUCAUUGGAGGAGAAGUUGGCACAGAUAAGCACGCAGUUGGAUGCGUUGAGGCAGAUGCAGGUUGAUGCGAGGGCCCAGCAAUAA